AUGACAGAAAUCUUGUGUGGCCAGAAAGAAGCCAAGCGACUGUGCUCAGUGUCUUUGUCUGCAAGAGAUGUGAAAGAGAGACUUUCCAGCUUUACAGAACAUUUUGCUAUUCAACUUGAGGAGACUAUUGUUGUCAGUAGCAAUUCGCAGCUGAUGCCGUGUGUUCGCUACAGCGGUUCCGAUGUUCCAAAAAUAGAAGUUGCCCAGUAUAUGACCCAUAGCCGGACAUUGCUUGUGGAGCAGUUGGAACCUGAACUGGAGGCUGUCAUGAACGAUGUAAUCAAGACUGUCAAUGGUGUCAAAGGUCACGCACUAAAUACGCGGCUGUUUCGUGAUUCAUGUGAGGAUGGAGAAGCUGAAUUUUCCGGCCUACUUUCCCAUACAGAAGUAAAGUGGUUCACACGCAGAAAUGUUCAGAGUUAA